AUGUUUUUUUUUCAUACACAUGUGAGCAAUUUGUUGAUUGAAACAAACAUCGGCCCAAUCAAUUUAUUAAUCUCAGAAAAGUUUUGUCAAUAAUAAUUUAAAAUGGGUGAUCAAGAAUUAGAUGCUAUUCGAGCUAGACGUUUACAAGAAUUGCAAAUGCAAUAUCAAGGUAAAUCACCGGGAUCGGGAAUGGGUGGUCAAGGAAAUAUGAAUAUGCAAGAACAACAACGUGCCGCACAAGAACGACAAGAACGUGAGGAAGAUGUACGAAAUACAAUUUUAACACAGAUUUUGUCACAAGAAGCUAGGGCAAGACUGAGUACCAUAGCAUUGGCUAAACCAGAGCGCGCUAAAAUGCUUGAAAAUAUUCUCAUUACUAACGCACAACGUGGUGCUAUUCGUGAAAAGCUUUCAGAAGAACAGUUAAUAAAUUUUCUGGAACAAGUAAAUGAACAGACAUCCAAAAAGAAAACUGUCGUUAAAUAUGAUCGAAGGAAGACUGCUAUCGAUGAUCUUGAUGAUGAGGAUGAUGACAUUGAUUAGAAUUCAUAAGAUUUACUUGAAAAUCUUGAUAUCAUUUGGAUCAUCAAACAAACCCACUCAAAUCAACAAAAAACGAUAUCUUAACAUCGUUUUUGAAGUUUUCAAGAUUCUUCAUUUGUUUUUCUUU